GAUGCGGUGUUGCUGAGCUGACUGCUUGAACACACUGAGCACACCCUACCAGGGAGCUACUCAGUAUUAGGAGGCGCUAAAAUGUCGGGGAAGAGUUUUCGAGUCAGCGACGGGGACUGGAUUUGUCCCGAUAAAAAGUGUGGAAACGUGAACUUUGCUAGAAGAACUAGUUGUAACAGAUGUGGCAGAGAGAAAACCACAGAGGCAAAGAUGAUGAAAGCAGGAGGAACAGAGAUUGGGAAAACCCUGGCUGAGAAGAGCAGAGGCCUCUUCAGUGCAAAUGAUUGGCAGUGUAAAACAUGUGGCAAUGUGAACUGGGCUAGACGGUCAGAGUGCAACAUGUGUAACACACCUAAAUAUGCCAAGCUUGAAGAGAGAACAGGUUAUGGUGGAGGUUUCAAUGAAAGGGAAAAUGUAGAAUACAUUGAACGGGAGGAAUCUGAUGGUGAAUAUGAUGAGUUUGGUAGGAAAAAGAAAAAGUAUCGUGGGAAGAACAACAGCACAUCUUCCUCAAAAGAAAGUGAAAAGAAAGAAGUAGUAAAAGAUGAAGAUGAGGAGGAAGAAGAGGAAGAUGAUGAUGAUGAAGAUGGUGACCUCUCCAAGUACAAAUUGGAUGAUGACGAUGAUGACGACGAUGAUGGAGACCUGUCAAAGUACGACCUGAACGCCAGUGAUGAAGACGACAAGCCAGCCAAGAAAAAGGGCAGCCGCUCAGGAUCAUCCCGUUCCCGCUCAUCCUCGCGCUCCUCCAGCUCCAGUUCACGGUCGAGGUCCAGGUCCCGCUCUAGAAGUUCAUCCAGUUCCAGAUCUGGAUCUCGCUCGAGGUCCCACUCCAGAUCCAGCUCCAGGUCUGGAAAGGGCUCCUCUCCCCAGAAGAGGUCCCGUUCACCUUCCUCCUCACCUGAGAGGAGACAGAAGCGCAGUCGCUCCAGGUCCUCAUCUGGAGGGAGAAAACGGAGGCGCUCUAGAUCACGUUCGUCCGAAAGGCGCCGUGGCCAGUCCUCUGGAUCCUCCCAUUCUGGCUCCGGUUCAAAAAAGAAAUAACUUUAUUACAGCCUUUCAAUCAAGAAAAGGAACCUUAGAACAAGUGCAUGUUGUGUUGCAAGGAAAAACAACCACAUCCAUUGAGUAUGCUGUUCAUUUUCACAGAACCUCCAAAGUCUUAUUUCCCUUAAAAGAAAACAGUGGCAGUGUGACUUCUCUCUGCUCUUACCCAUCAUUGACAUGGUCCCUUUCAAAACCACAUACACCCCCAAUCUGUGACAAGUGUCUGUAACUAUAGGUGUCCAAUAAACAUAAAUGUUUGGUCCAAUAAGGAAAUCUGAUAUACUGUGAAGAGGCUGUAUCCCAUUUUAAGCCCAUUCUGCUUGAUAUCUUCAUGACAGUACAUUUUAUUCAACUCAGUAGUGCAGAAAUUAAGUAAAAAUUCUAAUCACUUCUUUCAGCCAAAAAGAAAAAUCUGAGAUUCUAUUGUAAGGUCUGUUUUCCUUUCUUUUUCUCUUUCAUAAAUACAUUAUUCAUUUUUUUAAUAAAAGGUGGAGUACUUAAGCACCAUUUUACUAGACCAGAGAUGUAGCAAUGAAUCUUGGCCCGUUUAUUUUCUUACAUAUUUUGUUUUGUGUUUUCAAGGUAAGUAUUUUACUUUUUGAUAUUUCUUGUUUUAAGUAAAUGGGAGUAGGUCCAACAUUUUUUGGUUAAAGUGUAAGGUGGUUUUGUUAUGGUUUCUGAUCUUAUGUACACAGUUGUGGCCUAAUUUAGCACUCACAGUUAAUCCUCUUCAUUUUUCAUUUGGGAAACUAAAUAAUUCAAUAAACAUUUCUGUGCCCCAGAUUAGUGCAACAACAAUAAUAACAGACGACCCAAGUUAUGGUAGAAAGUGGCAAUACAGUCUUUUUAUUGGUGAAUUAACUACACUGUACGCGUGUAAAUAAAAUCCUGUCGACCUCG